UCAGGCGACGCUGCCAGCGUGACGUAUAAUCUAGUGGACGGUUCUUCAUAAACAGCUCGUCAACCACCUCGGUAGCUUGCUAGCCAACAUAACCGAAAGAUUCAAGCUAUUUAUACGCUUUUGGUGUAUAUUACCUACUGUGUUUUAGACACACUUCUGUCGUAUCUACUUGUUAACCUAUUUAAUUUAAUAUUACGUUAUUUUGUAUUAGUCAGCUAUAGUAGCUGGCUGGUUAAGUUAGCACUAGCCUAGUAGCUAAUGAUAGCUAGCUAGCUAACAUCCCCGAACAUGAGCUCAGUAAGCUUCUCCCCUCUUGUUAAAGAAGAGGAGGUCUGCUGGACGGAGAAAGAAGCUCUGGGGCUGAACAUUGUCGUGAAAGAGGAGAAGGAAGAAGAGGAUGUCACAGUAAAACAAGAAGUAGAGGGUGAUGCUGUUACAGUGAAAGAAGAAGAGAAAGACGCGUUCAGAGUUUAUGGAGUGAAAGAGGAGGAGGAUUUUUCUGUGAAAGAAAAGGAGGAAGAUGAAGUUUUUGGAGUGGAGGAUGAAGAGGGGGAGAUUACUGUCACAUUAGAGGAGGAUGAAGAACAGAGGACUGGAGAUCUGAUUAACACCAGUAAAUACAGAGAGAGAUGUGACUAUCAUGGAUCCUCUGGGGAGCCUCAACAACCUCAUGAUACUGACAAGGCAGAGAAGAGUCUCUCCAGAUCAGAACUCCUCAAGAAACACCAGCAGAGACCCACAGGGAAGAAAUCUCACUGCUGCUCUGACUGUGGGAAAUGUUGCAAAUCUUCAUCAGAACUUAAAAUACACCAGAGAACACACACAGGAGAGAAACCAUAUAGCUGUGAUCAAUGUGGGAUAAGUUUUGCUAAAUCUAGCCAUCUGACUACACACCAGAGAACACACACAGGAGAGAAACCAUAUAGCUGUGAUCAAUGUGGGAAGAGUUUUAUUCAAUCUAGCCAGCUGACUGCACACCAGAGAACACACACGGGAGAGAAACCAUAUAGCUGUGAUCAAUGUGGGAAGAAUUUUGCUAAAUCUAGCUCUCUGACUGCACACCAGAGAACACACAAAGGAGAGAAACCAUAUAGCUGUGAUCAAUGUGGGAAGAGUUUUGCUAGAUCUAGCAAUCUGACUACACACCAGAGAACACACACAGGAGAGAAACCAUAUAGCUGUGAUCAAUGUGGGAAGAAUUUUGCUAAAUCUAGCUCUCUGACUGCACACCAGAGAACACACAAAGGAGAGAAACCAUAUAGCUGUGAUCAAUGUGGGAAGAGUUUUGCUAGAUCUAGCAAUCUGACUACACACCAGAGAACACACACAGGAGAGAAACCAUAUAGCUGUGAUCAAUGUAGGAUGAGUUUUUCUACAUCUAGCAAUCUAACUAACCACCAUAGAACACACACAGGAGAUAAUCCGUGCUGUGAUCAAUGUGGGAAGAGUUUUUCUACUCCUAGGUAUCUAACUAUACACCAGAGAACACACACAGGAGAGAAACCUUAUAGCUGUGAUCAAUGUAGGAAGAGUUUUUCUUCUUCUAGCUAUCUAACUAUACACCAAAGAACACACACAGGAGAGAAACCUUAUAGCUGUGAUCAAUGUGGGAAGAGUUUUUCUUCUUCUCGCUAUCUAACUGUACACCAUAGAACACACACAAGAGAGAAACCAUAUAGCUGUGUUCAAUGUGGGAAGAGUUAUACUUUGCCAAAAAAUCUGAAUAUACACAAGCGGACACACACAGGGGAAGAGAUACUCUGAUAAAAGAUCUCUGAUUAAACAUAAAGUUGUUUCAUGAUAUCAAUUGAUGUCACAAUGUAGAAUGUUUAAACAUUGUAGUAGGAGUAUUUUAAUGAUGUCACAAUGUAGAAGCCUAAACAUUUGUCCCUGUUACUAGUCUCUGUUAGUGACUAGCACAAAAAGAGCUGUGUUACACUUCCCAUGUUGGUGACCCACUUGAAUCAAAAUGCAACACUUCAAAAUGUAGCGAUCUGUUUUCUACAAGUUGUCCUCUAACCAGGGAUGUACACAUUACUCCCAGAUUCUGUGUGGUUUUUGAGCUGUUAGUUUUAACAGGAUGUGUAACCUCAUCUCUCUUCUGUCACACAAUUGAUUUCAACAUGAUAUCGAUAUGAGUGAUGACAAAUAAGUGUUGUCUUCCUUUGUUUAGCGACCCCUACAUUUAAAUGCAUCACUCCAAUAUGUAGCUGACUGUUUUCUGCAGGCUGUCCUCUAACCAGUGAGGUAAAAUAUAUCUCCCAUUUCCAUGUGUUUUUUUAGUUGUUAGUUUCAACAGCAAGUACAACCUGAUUUCGCCCCCUAAUUGAUAUCAGUGAUUUAUUGCUACUUGUCAAAACAACAGCGUUUCUGGUGCUUGUGCAGUUUAUAAGGAGAUUGUUUAAAUAAAUAUA